AUGAGAUUCCCCGCGUCCCCGCCGGCGUCGCCACCGCCUCUACCACGGCGCGCCCUGACACGCUGUCAAAUCCUGGCCAACACCGUGGAGGCCCCCGGGGUCGCCGUGGGGCACUGGGUGGCCACCCCCGUCCUGGCCGCGCUGCUGCUCGCGGUGGUCGUCGCCGACCUGGACAGCCACUGGGUGCUGUACUACGACGCGCCGUGCUGCGUCCACGACCGCCACGUCCGCCACCAUAAAGACCAUGUGCGGACUUUCUCCUGCGGCAAGCUGUACUACCGUUCCAUGUACCUGGACGAGGAGCGGGACGCCCUGUUCUUGGGGGCCAUGGACCGGGUCUUCAGGCUCAACCUCGGCAACAUCAGCCAUUCGCAUUGUGAGAAGGACUCCCUGCUGCUGGAGCCCACCAAUGUGGCCAACUGCGUGUCCAAGGGCAAGUCCGAGCACUUCGACUGCCGGAACCACAUCCGCGUCCUGCAGCCCGUCGACGACGGACGCAGACUGUACGUGUGCGGGACCAACGCCCACAGCCCCAGGGACUGGGUCAUAAAUUGGAACCUGACCCACCUGAAUCGGCAGCAGUUCGUGCCGGGCGUGGGGCAGGGCGCCGCCAAGUGCCCCUACGACCCGGCGGACAACUCCACGGCGCUGUGGGUGCGCGACGGCAACCCCGGCGGGCUGCCCGGCCUCUACUCGGGCACCAACGCCGAGUUCACCAAGGCCGACACCGUCAUCUUCCGGUCCGACCUGCACAACAUGACAACGGGCCGCAGGGAGUACACGUUCAAGCGGACGCUCAAGUACGACUCCAAGUGGCUCGACAAGCCCAACUUCGUCGGCUCAUACGACGUCGGCGACUACGUGCUGUUCUUCUUCCGCGAGACGGCCGUGGAGUACAUCAACUGCGGCAAGGCGGUGUUCUCGCGCGUGGCCCGCGUCUGCAAGCGCGACACGGGCGGCAAGAACAUCCUGGCACACAACUGGGCCACCUACCUCAAGGCGCGCCUCAACUGCUCGCUCCCCGGCGAGUUCCCGUUCUACUUCAACGAGAUCCAGAGCAUCUACCGCCCGGUGGAGGACCCCAACCACUUCUACGGCGUUUUCACCACCAGCACGUACGGACUCACGGGCUCGGCCAUCUGCGCCUUCACGCUGCAGGACAUCCACGAGGCCUUCAGGGGCAAAUUCAAGGAGCAGGCCACCUCCACGUCAGCUUGGCUGCCCGUCCUCACAAGCAAGGUGCCCGAGCCGCGGCCCGGCGAGUGCAUCAACAACACUGAGAGCCUGCCAGACACGGUGCUCAACUUCAUCCGGUCGCACCCGCUCAUGGACUCUGCCGUGUCGCACGAGAACGGCAGGCCCGUGUUCUACACGCGGGAGACCACCUUCACUCGGCUGGCCGUGCACCUGGUGCGGCAGCAGGACAAGCUGUACCGCGUCUUCUACGCCGGCACUGCUGGCGGCCAGGUGUACAAGAUCGCCCAGUGGGCGGCAGGCGAGGGCUCCGCGCUGCUGGACGUGUGGGAGGUGACGCCCGGAGAACCAGUCCGCCUCCUGGAGUUGUCCGAACGGCACCAGUCCCUGUACGCCGCGUCCGACUCGCGCGUCCUGCAGGUCGGGUUGACGCAGUGCUCCCGGCGACACUCCAGCUGCCUGCGCUGCGUCCGGGACCCGUACUGCGGCUGGGACAGCGAGGCGCGGUCCUGCAAGCCGACGGGGGCCAGCGAAGGGCUGCUGCAGGACGUGGAGGGCGCGCUGCCGAGGCUGUGCGACGGCGCGGUGGCGCGCAAGCAGCUCACGGUCACGUGGGGGCAGUCCGUGCAUGUGACGUGCUUCGCCUCCGUGCCGCCCCCCGCGCCGCCGCACCGCGCCGCCGCGCAGCCCCAACGGCCGCCGCUGGUGUGGACGCACCACGACCAGCCCGUCGCCUUUCGGCCCGAGAAGUACGUGGAGACGGCCGCGCACGGCCUCGUCAUCCUAAGCGCGGUGCAGCAGGACGCCGGCCGCUACGACUGCCUGCUCGACGGCCGCCUGCUGUGCUCCUACAACGUGACCGUCAGCACGGAGCGGUGCGGCGCACCGGGCCGGCCCCAGGACUACCACAAGGUGUACGCCGACUGGUGCCACCAGCUCAACAAGCACAAGGCCGCCAUGCACGCCUGGGAGCAGCGGCAAGCGCAAUGCGGCGUGAAGCAGGACGAGAGCGUGCUGCGCAGCAACGAGAUCAGCCCCGCCAACCCGUUCGCGUGAGGCACGCUCGAGCCAACAGCGUGAACGAGUGAUGAAUGAACAAGCGAAUGCAUGAGCGAGUGAAUGAAUGAGUGAUGAAUGAAUGAUCGCCAUGACGCGCACGACGACUUCGUCCGGCCCGAGUUGUCUGCCCGGCCCUCAUAUUGACAAUAAACGGACCAACAGCCGGACGAUGUUGUUCCAGAAGAGAAAGGUGUUCGUCUUCGAGUGGUGUGGCGCCCGGCUCGGCCCGGAGCGCCUGGUGCUUGUAGCUGUGAUGUAGACGAGACGGGUGGUGGAGUGUCGGAGCCCGAGUACCUGUUUGGCCGUGUUUGGCGGUCACGCGGUCCCAUGUGGGUCCAUCGCGGUCCCGAGAUUGUUUUUCCGGUCCCUCCACGGAGAAAGGCUAGAUUUGUGGCGUUGUGUUCUAGAUUUAUGCUAAUAUGAAAAUGCCGAAUCCGGUGCCGGCUCGGGUUUUUUUUUGUCGUUGAUCUGCUGCGGAUGACUUACUUCUUUUGUGGCCACGUCGCUAAAUCGCAAUAAUCUGUUAAAUUUUUAUAGUGAUAAUGCGUGAAACGCUUGUUUUCGUUGAAAGCAAUUGUUCUAUUUGUUUCUUUCGUUCGGCUCAGAAAUUUGUUACCAAUCCAUGUAAAAUGUUAAUUGUACAUACACGUGCUGUAAAUUGAACAACUUCGCAAUAAAAGUGUA